GCAGCAGAAUGCAAACAAUAAAGUGCGUGGUCGUCGGUGACGGUGCGGUCGGUAAGACGUGCCUGCUCAUAUCCUACACGACCAACAAAUUUCCAUCCGAGUACGUACCGACGGUGUUUGACAAUUACGCCGUGACGGUCAUGAUCGGUGGCGAACCCUACACGCUCGGUUUGUUUGAUACAGCUGGCCAGGAAGAUUACGAUCGACUACGACCAUUGUCGUAUCCUCAAACAGACGUAUUUUUAGUGUGUUUCUCCGUCGUUAGUCCCAGCUCUUUUGAGAACGUUAAAGAAAAGUGGGUUCCCGAAAUAACGCACCAUUGUCAGAAAACGCCGUUCCUGUUGGUGGGCACGCAAAUUGAUUUGCGCGACGAAAACAGUACGCUGGAGAAAUUGGCUAAAAACAAACAAAAACCCAUCACCCUCGAGCAGGGUGAGAAACUGGCCAAGGAACUGAAGGCGGUGAAAUAUGUCGAGUGUUCUGCGUUGACCCAGAGAGGGCUGAAGAACGUUUUCGACGAGGCAAUCCUCGCAGCGCUGGAACCUCCAGAGCCAACGAAAAAGAGGAAGUGCCGAUUUUUGUAA